AUGUACGCCUUUCGAGACCCCACACUGGGGCCACUGGAUGAGAUCCGUCAGGCACGCCUGCUGGUGAUCCCCAUCGCCGAUUAUGAUGCGCGUGACGGGGAUGGGGAUCACUGGAGUAUUCUCUUGUUGCAACGUAAAAGUUUAGAGGAGCCGUUUCGAGCUUUUCGUCUGGAUAGUCUUAAUGAUCGUAAUAAAAAAUGCUCUAACUCUUUCCUUUCAUUGCUUCGUAAAAGUAAAAUGUGUAAACAUUUUAUUCCAAAAUCAAGUAAACUUCUUCAUGAUUUUCCUUCUCAAACUAAUGGUACUGACUGUGGUUGUUUUGUUUGUCUCGCUGCUCUUCAUAUUGCGGAAGUUGUGCGGGAAGGAUUUAGUUAUGAUACCACGUUUGUAUUUCCUCAAACGUGGGAUCCAGUGCAGUUUCGACUCGAUUUACUCCAAGAAGCAUUGAGUACGCGUCGUUAA